AUGCCUUUAGAAACUGAUGAGGUUGACUGGGUGCUGGAUGACGAAGUGUUCAAAAGAUACCGUGAGCGAAGAAUGCAGGAGCUUUCUGCAAAGGUGGUUACGAUAUGUUCAGAAAAGGAGCUGAUAGAGAAAACAAAGACUAUGACAAUGAUAGUACAUUUUCAGAAGGCAGAGUUCAAACGCUGUGCAAUAAUGGACAAGAUGCUUGAUGAGGUACAAGGAAGCUUUCCUGAGAUAUCAUUCUACAGGGUGGACGCAGAUAUAUGCCCUGUUGUUGCUAAAAAGCUUGAGAUUCGUGUUCUUCCGUUUCUUGGGUUUUUCAAAGACGGAUACUUUGUUGACCAGGUGAUUGGGUUUGAAAAGCUUGGAGGAGAUGCAAUUGACAUUGAGUGUCUUAAGAAGCGGAUUGCUGAGAGCAACAUUUUCAAGCCGAUUUCAAGUUUAUAG